AUGUCAAACUGGAUAGCAAAAUCAAUAGAAGAGGGCCAUAUCCAAUUCAUCACUUAUGACAAUUUUUCUGACGUCAAAGCUAUAGCGCGGGGGGCUUUUGGUGAAGUCGCAAAAGCUUUCUGGAAUAGUGCCGAAAAAUUCGUUGCGCUGAAAACUUUGUAUGCUGAUCCUGGAUCAGCGUCCAAGGAUUCUUUUGAAGAUCUUAUAAAUGAGUUUCAAUUGAUUCGGCACGUUGAUUUUCAUGACAACGUAGUUCGAUUCUUUGGCUUAAGUCAAGAUAUUGAAGAGAUGAGAGAUAAACUUGAUACGAUUCGGUUGGAGCCUAAAUGGUAUGAAACAUUUACACAACAACAACCAUUUCAACAACCUACACAACAACAACCAUUUCAACAACCUAUACAACAAAUGCCAAUGCAACCACACGUUAACCAAUAUCCUUCGAAUCCAAAUGUAAUAGGUAUAAUUAACUUCAAUAAUUAUUACUCUCAAAUUAUAAUACGAGCCUUGGUGAAAAUUGCUUUAUCAACUCCUGACUCAAAUAAAUUACAAUUUGUAGGACCUACACCUUACGGUCCUGGUAAUACUCCCAUACAGAAUGUUAAUAACCGCCCUAAUCAAGGCAUUAUUCAAGGUGGUGGUUAUCAAGUUCCGAAUCAAGGUAGUGGCUACCCGACCUAUAAUCAAGGUGGUGGUUACCCAUAUAGAAAUCCGGUUAAUCCUCCAGUUCAGAGACCAGGUGGCUUCUCUGUUCAAAAUCUGGGCGGCCGUCCAAUUCAGAAUCCGAGUGGUUACCAGAAUUAUAAUCAAGGUAGUGGUUAUCCAAAUUUGAAUCAAGGCGGCGGUUACCCUAAUCCAGGUCAAGGUGGUUACCCAAAUCCAGGUCAAGGUGUGCCUUAUCCCCGUCCACAACAAUCUAAUUAUUCAUCGAACCAACAACCGAUACAGACGCCAACUCAACAACCGAUGGAUAGCAUGCAUCCACACAUGCCCCCACAAACUUAUAACCCUCCGCGCCCUGAUCAGCCCCCACAACCUUAUAACCCUCCACGCCCUGAUCAGCCCCCACAACCUUAUAACCCUCCGCGCCCUGAUCAGCCCCCACAAACUUAUCCCCCUCCGCGCCCUAGUCAGCCCCCACAACCUUAUAGCCAUCCACGCCCUGUUCAGCCCCCACAACCUUAUAACCCUCCGCGCCCUGAUCAGCCCCCACAACCUUAUAACCCUCCACGCCCUGAUCAGUCCAAAACUGGAUAUGAUUCACAAUCAACUCAACAAACAAUUCAACAACAAGCUUCUAACAAAUAUUCAUCUAGGCGUCCAUGUACGGAAAUUCUUGCAAAGCACGCUGAUGAACACCAUUCAACAUAUUCUGGUCCAGAGAGUUGUAAUGCUGGUUAUCAUGUAGGCUAUGGUGACGUAGUUGGGCUACAAUUUCACCUAGAUAAUGAUAGCAUUCCCGUUAACUCUGAUAAUUACGAAUUCGCACUUCGUCAAGAGUCUUUGGUGCUAAUAGCAUGCGCGCAUUGUUCAGGAAGAAAAUUAAUAUCGAUGUUAAACUGUCUAAAGGAUUAUAAGGCAGAUUUUUCAAAACUUAGCGAUAAAACAAAGAAAUCAGCAUUACAUCGGUUAUUUGAUAAUCCGGCAUUACGCAAGGACAUGUCAGAGAAAAGUGGCGGUGUGAGAAAAUAUGUUGAAUACGUCAAAGAUGCCAUAAAGAUAUUAACUGAUUAUAAAGAUGACAAUAUACAAAAAAAUUGUGACAUUAAUGCCAAAGAUCAUGAAGGGAAAACCAUAUUAGUAUAUUAUAUGACCGAUCAAUUUAGUGCUAUAAAGCCUGAAGAAAAAAAAGAAAUAGUCUCUUUACUACUCGACCGUGGUGCUGAUCCAAACCUUGGGUGCACUAUCAAGAGUAUAUUUUAUACAUUUGAAGCACCAACCGCAUUAUUUAUGGCUAUACAUUACGAUUGGCCAAUAGAUAUACUCGCUCAAAUAUACAAAAAGGGAUGUGAUGCUAGCAAAAAGGAUGGUAAACAACGAAAUGUGUUGAGUUUAGCAGCAGCUGAAAGAAAACCUGAUUACAUGAAUUGGUUACUAGAGAAUUGUGCGGAUUUAAGCAAAUCAGAAAGCUUGAAAAUGGCAUUAAAACAUUCUGGAGGUGUCUUUUCUAAGGAGUCUAUUAUAUUGAGAUUUUUUAGCGAAGGAAAACGAAAACUAGUCAAUCAGCAAGAAUUGCACGAUAAAAAGGUUUCUUCUACAAACUCAAAGUAG